CUUAUCACCAACAUUUCCAAACCACUCCCACCUCCCACUAGCCAGAGCCAAAAGCGCAAGUCCUCUCCAACAUGGACUACCAAAACCGCGCGGGCUCGAAAUUCGGAGGCGGCGGCGUCGCCUCGCACAGCGCCACCAACGCGGACCGCCGCGAACGACUCCGCAAACUCGCUCUGGAGACGAUCGACCUGGACAAAGACCCCUACUUCUUCAAGAAUCAUGUCGGCUCAUUCGAAUGCCGACUGUGCCUGACAGUCCACCAGAACGACGGCUCGUAUCUCGCGCACACGCAGGGGCGGAAGCACCAGACGAACCUGGCGCGGCGCGCCGCCCGCGAGCAGCGGGAGGGCAAGAACCAGGACCCCUCGGCGCUGCCGGGCGCGAUGGGCGUGCAGGUGAAGAAACAGACCAUCAAGAUCGGCCGCCCGGGGUAUAAGAUCACCAAGAUUCGGGAUCCCCUCACCCGGCAGCUGGGGAUGCUGUUCCAGCUGCAGUACCAGGAGAUUACCCCGGGGGUCACGCCCCGGGUGCGGUUCAUGUCGGCAUUCGAGCAGAAGGUGGAGGAGCCGCCGGACAAAAACUUUCAGUAUCUUGUCAUCGCGGCGGAGCCGUAUCAGUCGUGUGCGUUCAAGUUGCAGGCCAGGGAGAUCGAUCGCCGCGAGGGACGGUAUUGGACUUGGUUUGAUGAGGAUAGUAAGGAGUUCUGGGUGCAGAUUAUGUUCAAGACGGAGCGCGAGGAGCGGUUUUCGGGUGUGCCUGGAUUGGCGCCGGUGGAGCCUAAGGCUUGAUUUCUUCCUUGUUUUUUUUUUCCUCUUUGGCUGGGCUACUCGGUUUGGUUUUGUUUUAUCUGCUUCGAUUUGAUUACAAGGUGAUGCUGGUGUUUGUGAGGACCAGGUUU